CGUUCGGCGACUUCGGCCAAACCAAGAAAUUUUGCCAAUUUGUUUCAACAUUCAUUUGCCAUCUGUUUUAGGGUUUUAGAAAACUUGCAAAGGUUUUAGAGAGAGAAGAACCUCAACAUCAACUUUAAUCGGCUACCAUGUCUUUCAACUCCCCUGAAUUGCAGAAUCUUCUCGAGCAAGAGAAGCAGAGAGCCAUGGUCAAUGAGAUGGUAUCGAAAAUGACAAGUGCCUGCUGGGAUAAAUGCAUUACCAGUGCACCUGGAAGCAAGUUCAGUAACAGUGAAGCAGCCUGCCUUCAGAAUUGUGCUCAACGAUAUGUUGAGAUGAGCAUGAUAAUUAUGAAGCGCUUUCAAUCUAUGCAGUAGAAUAGGCGAGAAAUCUCGAUAAAUUGCUAGUUGAUGAUUGCCCUCUCACUUUUAUGGCUCCUUUAAAUUAAACUUCCCUGUCUGGGUUUUACUGUUGCAACUGUGCAUUGCCUAUACAUUUUAUUCAAGAAAACACGAACUUACGCCACAAUGAUUUAUCUAUGAAAGUCUUUUUGCACAUGCGUAAUAUCGUCUAGCAUUUAUGUUUUACGCAAUGAACAAUGUUUUAAAGGAAUUGAAUUCUUCUGUAAAUUGAACAAAGGAAAUCCUUGGCUGCUGCCAUCUUUUUGCCUUCACCUAAUGGAGAAUAUAUAACUUAAUUCU